AUGGCAGUCACCUCAGAUGUUCACAUCACCGACCAUCACCCGCUCCUAGCAGAAGCUCUCAUUGGGUCUACCCCAGUCUCGGGAACAGCUACGCCUAUCCCUGCUGUUCCCCACGGCGCGGGACACACUCUGAACGCCGACUCGCUCACCGUGCCCGGUACGGACAGCGGCCUAGGCCUCGGCCCUGAUCCGGCAACAGUAUAUGAUAUCGGUCUGCCGCCUCCCAAGGCACUUGAGGGACUGAGUGAUGAGAGCCGGCAGUGUCUGGAGCGGUUUGCGGUGUUCAAGGCGGCACCGCCCAUCGAUACCGGACUGGCACGCACAGCUGCUGUUCUGAUUGCCCUAUACCAACGUCCAGGAGAGGAUAUGCUUCGUGUCCUGCUCACCACGCGUGCAAGGCAUCUGAGGCGUAACCCAGGACAGACUGCCCUUCCUGGUGGCAAGGUUGACCCCGAGGACCCAUCGGUGGUGUACACUGCACGCCGUGAGGCGCAUGAGGAAGUGGGCCUCCCGGCCUCCCACCCGGACAUCUACACCGUGGCAGUGCUGGACCCGCUCCUGACUGUGCUGCCCAUGGGAGCGCAUACGCGUAACCAUAUUGUCGUCACUUCUGUCGUCGCAUUCAUCGCAGACCCAAGCAUUGUCGACACCCUACACGGUAACCCCGACGAGGUGGACGUGGUGUUUGACCACCCGUUCUCUGCCAUUCACUCGGGCGUGGUCCCCACAGCCGAUGUGGAACGUCUUUCAGAAGACGGCGGAGAAUGGUGGCCUGCAGAGUUCCAGAAGCUCGGCGGGUUCCACAACCUCGAGGACCGCGUCGGGUCCACUGGAGCGUACAGGAUGCACCGUUUCCGCACAACUCACUCGCCCGUGAGGGGGUUCACAUCCGACGUGCUCAUCUCGGCUGCCACGAUCGGAUACGGCAGUGAGCCGGUGUAUGGCCACCGCGCGCACGGCCAGCUCCUACCUGCCGCCAUGAUUGAGCGCGUGGUCGCCGAGUUGCCAGAGGCGCUCAAGGAGGUGCCGGAUCCCACCAAGCCCAAGCCUGUGAUUGAGUGGGGCAGGUCAGACGGGACGACGUUCAAGAGUGGCGAAACGUACUAUGCGCAGACUUGA